AUGAAUAGUCAUUACUCUCAGCAUCGAACCCGCGGGUUCACCAUUGACGGACUNUACCGUGACGUUGUUCUGGACGCAGCUAUGUUGCUUAUUGACUUCAUUGAGAUUUUCCGCUUCCUGGUGGCGAUUAUGACCUCGAACAAGAAGAAGGAGUACUGUUGGCUGGAGUCACUGGCAGCCGAAACUAGCAAUUCGAGUUUACUCAAAGUUCUCCGAAGUUCCGUUUCCUUUCGGGUUCCUGCGUUGUACAUUUGA